AUGAUUCAUUCACAGGUGGAGGAUCUAUUCUACAACGUUCCGUCAAGGCGGCGUGCUUUUCGCUCCGCCAGUGAAGAGUACGCCAAAAUUCUUGACCUUGUAGGAAGAUAUGCGGUUCAUUGCUCUGGCGUCGCCUUCUCCUGCAAAAAGCAUGGCGGCUCUUCAACAGACAUCACUGUUCCGGUUGCUGCGAGCACUGUUGAUCGUAUCCGACAGAUCCACGGAAGCGCUCUUGCUAACGAGCUUGUUAAUCUCAAGGUCGAAAACGACAGAUGGGGAUUCAAAUGCGACGGUUGGAUCAGCAAUGCCAAUUAUAACGUGAAACGUACCACAUUGCUUCUCUUUAUCAACCAUCGAUCGGUCGAAUCAGCAGCAAUCAAGAAAAGCAUAGAACAAACAUAUGCGACCUUUCUUCCCAAAGGAGGGCACCCUUUCGUGUAUCUGAGCCUUGAUAUCGAACCACAGCGCGUAGACGUCAAUGUCCACCCAACGAAGCGAGAAGUCCAUUUUCUGAAUGAGGACGAAAUCAUUUCCAUUAUUUGCGAGGAGAUUUGCGCUGGACUCAGUAAGGUCGACACCAGUCGUGCGUUUAUGACGCAGUCUCUUCUUUCCAACAAUCCCAAAGCCCCCUUUGUCACUCCUAUGAAGCCAACGGCACCCUCCGCGUCAUCCACAGUCAGCGCCAGACAUGACCGCAGCACGUCGAAAGUACCACCCAAAAGCAGCACCAAGAAACCCUACGAGAAUAGCCUUGUUCGCACCGAUUCAUCGGUUCGGAAAAUUACCUCCAUGCUUCAGACCCAACCUUCCAUCGAUGACGGUCAUCCUUCCUUCCAGGACGACUCGGAUCAGGAGUAUGUAGUAGAAGGCAAAGAACCAGGCGUCUGCCGCCUUGCCUCAAUUAAGGAGCUCCGUGGCGAAGUCCGCGAUGCAAUGCACAACGAACUCACCGACAUCAUUGCAACACACACCUUCGUUGGUGUCGUCGAUGAACAAAAGCGCAUCGUCGCAAUUCAAGCUGGCAUUAAGCUCUUCCUGGUGGAUUAUGGCAUGCUGUGCAACGAAUAUUUCUACCAAGUCGCCCUCACUGACUUCUCUUUCUACGGCACCAUCCGCUUCGAAAAACCCCUCGACCUUCGCGAGCUCCUCCAAAUCGGGGCGGAACAGGAGCAGCGCAAUAUGGACAGCGCCUCUGCUUCUGAUGACGAGGACAUGGAAGUAGACUGGAACGAAGUCGUCGAAUCCGUCCGCAGUAAAUUAAUUGACAGACGAGCUCUUAUCCUCGAGUACUUCAGUAUGGAUAUUACACCCGAAGGCCUACUCUGUACCAUCCCCCUCCUCAUCAAAGGGUACACGCCGUCUUUUGCUAAGCUGCCUGGCUUCCUCCUCCGAUUGGGCCCGUACGUGGAUUGGGAGGCUGAGAAGGAGUGCUUUCAGUCAUUUCUUAGAGAGCUCGCGGCUUUCUAUACGCCUGAGAGUUUGCCGUUGUCGCCUUCGUCGACGCCCAAGCAAGAUGCGGGAAAGAACACUGAGGAGGAUAGUGAGAUGAAUGAAGCCGAGGAGAAGGAAGAGGACCCGGAGAUCACGAAGCGAAGGGAGAGAGUGAGGCGCGCGCUCGAGAAUGUGAUCUUUCCAGCUUGCAAAGCGAGGAUGGUCGGGACGAGUGGAUUGUUGAAGGGCUUCCUGGAGUUAGCCGACUUGAAAGGGCUGUAUAGGGUCUUUGAGAGGUGCUGA